AUGUUGCGACCAGUGUUGAGGGGCUUGGGAGCUUCCACAACACUCCUCACAAUACCAGGGCCGUGGAGGAUGAUCGGCGCCGCCCCUCGGCGUGUCCUCCGUGGUCCAAGAAUAUUGUGCAAGUACUCGAGAGAUUAUGCGACUCAGCAAUUGCAGCUUCGAGAUUAUCAACUGGAAUGCAUUCAGUCCGUCGUAUCUGCUCUCAAGAAUGGACACAAGAGAGUUGGCAUUUCUCUUGCUACUGGAGGAGGCAAGACUGUCAUCUUCACACAACUCAUUCAACACAUUGAGCCUCCUGCAGAAAGAGCUACCCAAACUCUGAUUUUGGCUCAUCGACGAGAACUCGUCGAGCAAGCUGCUAGGCACUGCGUCAACGCAUACCCUGAUAAGACUGUCGAGAUCGACAUGGCCAAGUCUCAUGCCAGUGGUAUAUCAGAUAUCACCAUUGCCAGUGUGAUGAGCCUCCAGAGGGAUGAACGGCUUGAAAAAUACAACCCCAAAAACUUCAAGCUUGUACUCGUUGAUGAGGCCCACCACAUCGUGGCCCCGGGCUACAUGAAGAUUCUCGAACACUUCGGGCUCUCCACCAAGAGAACGGACUCACCAAACCUGGUCGGCGUGUCCGCAACAUUCUCGAGGUUCGACGGGCUGAGGCUGGGAACAGCGAUCGAUGAGAUUGUGUACCACAAGGACUAUGUCGACAUGAUAGACGAGAAGUGGCUGUCCGGCGUCGUCUUCACAACAGUCAAGUCCACGGCCGACAUCAGCAAGGUGAAGAAACAAUCUGGGGGUGGCGACUUCGUCACAUCCGAGCUUUCAAGUGCCGUCAACACAGACCAAGUCAACGAUGUUACUGUCAGAAGCUGGCUUGCCAAAGCAGGCGACAGGAAGUCGACCUUGGUGUUCUGCGUCGAUCUGGCUCACGUGGCCGGACUCACCCAAAAGUUUAGGCAGUACGGACUGGAUGCUCGGUUUGUGACCGGUGACACACACAAGGUCACAAGAGGCGAGAUCCUGGAUGCCUUCAAACGGGGCGAGUUCCCUGUGCUUUUGAACUGCGGCGUCUUCACGGAGGGAACUGAUAUCCCCAACAUCGACUGUGUGAUUCUUGCGCGGCCCACACGGUCACGCAACCUCCUCGUGCAGAUGAUAGGCAGAGGCAUGAGACUGCACAAGGGGAAGGAGAACUGCCACGUCAUGGACAUGGUUGCCAGCCUCGAAACGGGGAUCGUCACGGUCCCGACGCUCUUUGGUCUGGAUCCCGGCGAGCUGGUCAGCAACGCGACACUCGAUGACAUGAAGAGCACGAAAGAGCGGAAAGAAGCCGAGAAAACCAGACAAGAACAAGCUUAUGAUAGAAUACCCCCCACCAUGUCCCCGGGCGUCCCCCAGAAGAUCACUUUCACAGAGUACGACUCCGUGUUCGACCUGAUCUCCGAUACCUCUGGGGAGAGGCAUAUCCACGCCAUAAGCCAGUACGCCUGGGUGCAAGUAGGACCAGACAAAUUCGUUCUGACCAGCGGCUCCGGUACCUAUUUGAGACUUGUGAAGGACGACGCCCAGGACGUGGAUUCUGUUUUCUGGAGGGCCUUCGUCGUCCGCGCUCUACCAGCCAGCCUCUCCAAGGCGCCGUAUGCGCCACCACACGAGAUCCUGAAGGCACCCAACUUCACUGAUGCCGUGCAUGGCGCCGACAACUACGCGCAGAGGUUCUUUCUACACGUGAUGAUAUCUCGGAAGCAGCGGUGGCGGGAAGGCCCACCGACCGAGGGGCAGCUCAAGUUUCUGAACAAGCUCAGGGCCGAGGAUGACAAGCUCACUAUGAACGACAUCAAGAAGGGAAAGGCUGCCGACAUGAUAACCAAGAUCAAGCAUGGCGCCAGGGGCCGGUUUGCGGAUCUGCAAACCAGCAGGCGGAAGAAGGAGAGGCAGGUGGCCCAAGAGGAACAGGAGAAGGAAAGGAAACGGAGGGAGCGUGUGACCGUUGGACCUGUCGCAGCUUGA